AUGGUGCGGCCGCUGCUGGCCGCGCUCAACCAGCACGGGCGGUACGCCUUCCGCGCGCCCGAGUACCAGGUGGACCAUGUCGUGAUCGGCGGCGGGGUCGUGGGCCUCGCCAUCGCGCACGCGCUCGCGCAGCGGUGGCCGGACAAGUCGACGUACCUCCUCGAGCGGCACGCCCACGCCGGGCAGGAAACGAGCUCGCGCAACAGCGAGGUGAUCCACGCCGGGCUGUACUACCCGGCGCACACGCUCAAGGCGCGCAUGUGCCUGCGCGGGCGCGAGCUCCUGUACCAGCGCAUGGCGCAGUGGGGCGCCCCCACGAAGCAGGUCGGCAAGCUGAUCGUCGGCACGCGCGACGACCACGCGUACCUGGCGCGGCUGCACGCGCACGCGGCCUCGCUCGGCCCCCUCGCGCCGCCGACCGAGCUCCUUGCGGGCGACGAGGCGCGCGCCCGCGAGCCAGACCUCGCGCCGGACAUCGCGCACGCGCUGUGGUCGCCGCGCACAGGCAUCGUGAGUGUGCACGAGCUCAUGGCGCACCUCGCGCAGGGACUCGACACGCUGCCGGGCGGCGAGACGCCCGACGCGGAGAUCGUGUACGGGACGUCGGUCGUGCGCCUCGACCCCCACGACCCGCCGCGCAGCGCCUCGAAGCGCGGCGCGGACGCCUCGCAGGAGGGCUGGGUCGUCCACACACGCACGCACGACGCGGCGCACACGCAGACGGACGCGCUGCUCGCGCGCGUCGUCGUCAACGCGUGCGGACUCAAUGCGCCGCGCGUGCUGAACGCGCUCAUGGCCGGGCUGCGCGCGCCCGAGGCGCAGUGGGUCCCGAUGUACUUUGCCAAGGGGAGCUACGCGUCGUACCGCGGCCCGGGGAUCGAGCAUGUGCGGCACCUGCUGUACCCGACGCCGCACCUCGGCACCGGCGCGCACGGCGCCCGCGCGGUGCAUGCGCUGGGCACGCACCUGACGCUGGACCUCGACGGGCACGCGCGCUUCGGGCCGGACCUCGCGUGGCUCGACGCGCCGCCCGCGCCCGCGGCGGACGCCGAGGACGCGCUCGGGUACACGCACGACUUCUGGGAGACGCAACUCGCGCCGAGCGCCACGGACGCGUGGCUGGACGGCAUGCACGCGGCGGUCCGCACGUACCUGCCCGGCGUGCAGCGCGACGGCCUCGCGCCGGACUACGCGGGCGUGCGCCCGAAGCUCGCCGGCCCGGACGCGCGCGCGUUCCAGGACUUUGAGGUGCUGUGGCACAGCAGCCGCGCGCUCGGGCAGCAGCGCGUGUGGCAGCGCGCGCUGCCCGCGUCCGACGCGCCGAGCGGCGUGCUGGUCUCGCUGCUGGGCAUCGAGAGCCCCGGCGUCACGUCCGCACUCGCGCUCGCGGAGCACGUCGUCGACGGCCUCGCCGCGCGCGUGUGGGGCGCCGCGGACCCGCGCGGCCGCGCGCGGCGGUACGUCGACGGCGUCGGCCCGGCGGGGCUCGAUGCGUGGGCCUAG